AUGUCAUCUGAUGGUCGAUGCUUGUGUCCAACUAGUGAACAACAUGGUGCAUGUAGUUGCAUAGCAGCCGAUUGGAAACGUGUCCGACUACAACGUGAGUGGUUUGCACUUCUAUUAGUUGUAUCGCUUAGAGAAGGUUCGCAACCAGGUCCUUAUGGCAUCCCUUAUAUGUUCGAAAUCCACAAAACUACCUUCCUAGGUCAAAUCUCUUGCUAA